GGAGCAGGAAGGGGACGAAGAGGCCUGGGACCCCGAAAGGAGAAGAGGAGAGCGAGAGGACGAGAGCGGAGGAGGAGGAUGCAACUGACUCGCUGCUGCUUCGUGUUCCUGGUGCAGGGCAGCCUCUAUCUGGUCAUCUGUGGCCAGGAUGAUGGUCCUCCCGGCUCAGAGGACACUGAGUAUGAUGACCACGAGGGCCAGCCCCGGCCCCGGGUGCCUCGGAAGCGGGGCCACAUCUCACCUAAGUCCCGCCCCAUGGCCAAUUCCACUCUCCUAGGGUUGCUGGCCCCACCUGGGGAGGCUUGGGGCAUUCUUGGGCAGCCCCCCAGUCGCCCAAACCACAGCCCCCCACCGUCAGCCAAAGUGAAGAAAAUCUUUGGCUGGGGCGACUUCUACUCCAACAUCAAGACGGUGGCCCUGAACCUGCUCGUCACAGGGAAGAUUGUGGACCAUGGCAACGGGACCUUCAGCGUUCACUUCCGCCACAAUGCCACAGGCCAGGGCAACAUCUCCAUCAGCCUUGUGCCGCCCAGCAAAGCUGUAGAGUUCCACCAGGAACAGCAGAUCUUUAUCGAAGCCAAGGCCUCCAAAAUUUUCAACUGCCGGAUGGAGUGGGAGAAGGUAGAACGGGGCCGCCGGACCUCGCUCUGCACCCACGACCCAGCCAAGAUCUGCUCCCGAGACCACGCCCAGAGCUCAGCCACCUGGAGCUGCUCCCAGCCCUUCAAAGUCGUCUGUGUCUACAUCGCCUUCUACAGCACGGACUAUCGGCUGGUCCAGAAGGUGUGCCCAGAUUACAACUACCAUAGUGAUACCCCCUACUACCCAUCUGGGUGACCCGGGGCAGGCCACAGAGGCCAGACCAGGGCUAGAAGGACAGGCCUGCCCAUGCAGGAGACCAUCUGGACACCGGCCAGGGAUGGGGUUGAGCCUCAGGCAGGGAGGGGGGUGGAGAGGAGGAGAUGCCAAGUGGGGCCAGGGCCAAGUCUCAAGUGGCAGAGAAAGGGCCCCAAGUGCUGGCCCCAACCUGAGGCUGUGGAGCGACUAGAUCACAGGAGCACUGGAGGAGGAGCGGGCUGUCUGUAGCUUCACAGGGCCUUGCAACGGAGCCACAGAGAGAUGCUGGGCCCGGAGGCCCGAGGGCAGGCCAGUCAGUGUGGCCCCAGAUCAAGUCAUGGGAGGAACCUAAUCCCUUGGUUCUUGCCAUCCUGAGGAAGGACACUGACAGGGAGGGGAGAUUUCACCAAUGUGGACAGCCUGUCAAUUUAGGAUGGAUGGCUGAGACAGGGCUUCCUAGGGAGCCAGUCAGCUGGGUAGGGUAGGGCCAGAGGAGCUCCCCAGCCCCUAGUGGGCAGCCCUGAGCCCCUUGACCUGUGCUGAGCAAGGCAUGAGCAAGUGGUGACCCUGGGGUCUUUGAUGUCUUGGCAGUUUGACCAUCUGUCCCAGACAGGCCACCCCUUUCCAAAAUUUCCUCUCCUGCCAGCACUGCCCCUCUACCACCCGUUGCUAUGGCACAUCCAUCCUGAAGCCAAGAUGGAAUGAUUGUGGUCCUCCCCGCACCAAGGUCACAGCCAGUCCGCGUGCUGUGUCCCUCUUCCAGGACCUCACCCCCUGCUGGCUCCUCUGGGGGCAUCCCUGUCCAGGAGAGUGGUCCCUCAACAGUCAGCCUCACCUGUCAGACCAGGGUUCUCCCGGAUCUGGAUGGUACUGCCCUCUCAGCUGUGGGCACAGGCACGGGUGGGGCGGGGCCAGGCUGCAGAGCAUGUGCUGGAUCUGUUCUGUGUGUCUGUCUGUGGGUGGGGGAGGGGAGGGAAGUCUUGUGAAACCACGGAUUGCCGACUUUUGUGUGCAGAAUCGUGUUCUUGGAGCAGGAAAUAAAGCUUGUCCUGGGGUACUGGAGUCAGAGUUGUCCAAGGAGAGGGCCUCGGGCAUCCCUUGGUCCAGCAAGAAUUUCUCUGACGGCCAAGGGACAUGUGCUAGAGAUCCGAGUGGCAGGGCUCCAGCCACCCUUGGAGCUGAUGUUGCUGAGGGCUAAGGGCUUCCCUCUCCAGUCCCCACUCCAGGCUGUCAGAUCCCACAUGGGGAAACCUGAACAAACUCCCUGGGCAUUGUGGGGAAGGGGAGGGGUGUGGCAUCCGCAAAAACAGCUCAGGGAGAGAGAGCUAGCUGGUAGAAUGGGCCAAAAGGGUGUUCCUUGGUGUCCUCCCUGAACUACCAUCUGGAGACUCAGUGGGGUCCUAGCCCUGUCAUUUUGCUGUGUGGCCUUGGCCUUGUUCAUUCUCCUCUCUAACAUGAGGGGCUUGCCCAGACAAGGGGUUCUCAAAGGCAGAUCCUGGUAAUCGCAGAUUUCUGGGUCCUACCCUCAUUUCUAAUUCAGUAGGCCAGGGUGGGGCCUAAGAAUCAGAAUUUCUAAUGCAUGCCCAUGUCUAUGCUGAUGUUGUUGGUCUAGGCCCAUGCUAGGAGACCCACUCACAGGACCUUGAAGUUCAUCUCUGGCUCCACAGGACAGGGAAACACCUUGGAUGCACUUUCCCAGAUGUAAUUUCCAUCUGUUCUCCUGGGGAAGGGGCCAUUCAGAGAAACCAGGGUAUUGUACUGGGUUUUCAAUCUGACCACAUGCUAGUGAAGGAAUAGGCUGGAGUGCGUGGACACAGGGCCUGCAUCAGCCAUUCCCCUCCCGCAGCUAAUAAGAGACCUCAGAAGCUGGGCUCCGUGGCUCACGCCUGUAAUCCCAGCACUUUGGGAGGCCGAGGUGGGCGGAUCACGAGGUCAGGAGAUCGAGACCAUCCUGGCCAACCAAUGGUGAAACCCCAUCUCUACUAAAAAAUAUAUAUAUAAAUUAGCCGGGCGUGAUGAUGUGUUCCUGUAGUCCCAGCUACUGGGGAGACUGAGGCAGAAGAAUCACUUGAACCCAGGAGGCAUAGGUUGCAGUAAGCCAAGACUGUGCCAUUGCACUCCAGCCUGGUGACAGAGUAAGACUCUGUCUAAAAAAAAAAAAAAAAAAAAAAAAAAAGAGGCCUCAGAAUGGCCGGCUGCCAGUGGCACCUCGUCUGGGAGUUAGUUGUGCCCUCUGGGGCUCUGAGAAGGAAAGAUGUGACCAAGGUCACAGUGCCCUCUGGAGGUCAUUCUAAGUCCGCUGUCUUGGGAGGGCAGCAGUCAGGGCCCUUGAGGCCCUCUUGAGGAGAGGAGAGUCCUGGCACCGGGGUAAGGUGGUUUUGCCACCCCCCAACUUUUCCCCCUGCCCAGCAGUGCUCAGCAAGGACUGGUCCCCUCACACUGCAGCGCAGAGCUGGGCAGGGCUGAGAAGCUGUUUGGUUACAGCUCACCUUGUAAGAAGUGACCCAGCUUCUUUCUCCCACACCAUGCUUCCAGGAACCAUCUCCCCUCCAGACCACCCUCUGCUCCCCACUCUGGACGCUUGAGGCUGCUGGCACUGGAGUGUUCUCCCACCGGUGGAUGCCCAUCGGAUGCCACUCAGCCUCCCACAGUACUGUGGAGGCUGCAGGAAGGGAGGAGGGAGCAAUGGGGCCAGAGGCCCCGGGCGCCUUCCCACCUGCCCUGGCCAAACUCUCAGCAGGCACCUGGGGGCACUUUGACCCCCUUCCUGCUCCUCUCUGCCUGUGGAGAGCCAGAUGCUGCCGACAGCUGGAGGGCCUGGCCUGCCUGGCACACAGUUCUGCCUGCACCAGGGGUGGGUUCAUUUUAAUAACUUCAUUUCGCCCUCAUGCACACUGCUGCCUUAUCCCUCCUUCCUGCCUUCUCCUCAGCUAACAUAUUUCCUCCCAAAUCUGAAUUAUUUGGAAGAGCCCUCUGGUCUCUACUGUUCUUGCCAGAUUCUUCUGUGCCCCCUUGGUCCUCAUAAGGGCAAGGGGUCCAUCUAACUCCUCUGGCUAAGAAGACAUCGCCUCUGCCCCAAUGUCGAGCCAUGUCCCCAUCGUGACCUUCCCCCCACCUGCAGUCAUGACAAAGUGCUCUGGCCUCCCACUUUUGCCAUACACACACUUACAGGAGAUCCCUCUGAAGAAACCUGUCCCCAGCUCUGCCCGGACGGCAAAGGACCAGGUCCUACUCACACCCUAACCCUUUGGCCUCCCCCAUCCACUGCCCUACGAGGCAGUCUGAAACGCCCUCAGACCGUUUAGCAGUCCCGUGGUCCUGCAUCCCAACCCCUCAGCCCAGCUGGGGGCUAGGGGCCUUGUCUCCAUCAGUGGAGCCUCUGGGACAAGUUUCCCAGACUAGGGGCUCUUUAAGGACACAGCUUGGAUCUCUGUUAUCAGGCUGGGGAACAUCUAGGGCCAGGGGCCAUGCCUCUCUCAUCAGAUUGAGGACUCCCUGAUGUCGAGGGCUGGAUGGCCUUAUAGACUGGGGGUCCCUGAGGGCAGAGGCUAUGCCCCCUUCCUCAGACCAGAGUCUCCCUGAGGGCAAGAACUGUGCAAUAGAUGGGAGGGGCAGCUUGCCUCUUCCUAAGCAUCAGAGCACCUGGAGGCUGCCUCUGCCCUUCAGCUUUGCUCAAAGGUGCUGUCUGACUCUUAGCGUCCCCUUUUUGAGUGGGGUGAAUCUCCUGGCACUCUGUGAAGCUAAUAUGGGGGACUACCCAUUAGGUCAACUGGCAGCAACGCCCAAGUCUCCCUCUGGAUGAAGCUUAAGGCAAAAGCAAAUGAGUAUCUAGGUCCCUCUCCCCUCCCCGCCCUUCUCUUUCCUGGGAUGAGCAAGCGGGAACUGAGUCACCCUGUUCCCCAUCCUUGGCAGGAAUGCUGGUGACCUUGCAUUGUGGCGGACUCGGGUGGUGAGGUCCAUUGCUCAGAGAUGCAGCUGGAGGGUGGGGGAGGGUUUAUGGGGAUCGAGGUGGCUGAAGGGCAGGUGGGUGUGACCAGGGACCGGUAUGUGCAGGGGGGCUGGAGAGACACGAUGAACCAGUUGCUCCGUGUUGGGAAGUGAACCAGUGUCACGGCUGAGAGUGGGAGAGAGAAAUGUUACUUCCGAAGACUCUGAGUCCUGUGGUACUGCCAGGAGAAGCGGGGGCUGAGGUGACAGGUGAGGAGAGGCACCACCAGCCCCAUCAGGCAGAGGCAAGGUGGGGUGAGGGGCGGCACCUGCCAAUGAUGCCAAAGUCCUGGAGUGACAGCUGGCACCAUCACCAAGGCACAAAUUCCAGAGGAGACCUGUCACUCACCUGACUUGUGAUUCCAUAGGGUCCCUGUCUCCUGUUGGUCUCCCAGGCUCAGAGGCUGACCUGAUAAUUCAAGUGAAGGAUGCCAAGUUCGCGGCCUCCCCGUUCCUCAUCUCAGGCCACCUGGUUAGGUGGUCCCAAGGGACAAGCUAGGUCCUCUUGAACCGCAGAGGCUGCCAAUAAACUGGUAACACAUGUUGCAGGAAGAUACAGCUGGGUCCUCAUCCUGGGUCUGUAAUUUAUUAGAUGUGUGGCUUUGGACAAAUGACAUAAUCUCCCAGAGCCUCCUUAGAUGCAAAACUAGGGCUCUGCCUACCUCGGUGUAUUGUUAGGAAAAUUAAAUGAGUUGCUCAAUAAA